GUCACGUUGACAGUUGACAGCGGUUUUCGCUGUUGUUGUUUUCAUUUGUGCGGAGCAAGUGCAGUGCAAUAAUUUAAAGAAAUGCUUACGAAUUUUGAUAAAUUAUGUGUCGAUCUAGAAAAACAAGAAUUGGAGGCUGCCAACGGUGUAGCUACUCCUUCUACGUAUGCUCAACUGCUUGCUAUAUACUUAUAUCAUAAUGACUUAUGCAAUGCUAAGUUUUUAUGGAAAAGAAUUCCCCAGAAUAUCACAAGUAGUAAUCCUGAGAUAGCUGCCAUAUGGGCCGUGGGGCAGAAGAUGUGGAAGAAAGACCUUGCCGGAACCUACCAAGCACUCGCUGCUUACACUUGGACUGAACCUGUAUCUAAUAUCAUCAGGGCACUUGAAGAAAAAGUUCGGGAGCGUGCAUUGAACCUCAUUGGUCGAUCCUACAGCACCGUUUCCAUAGAUACAGUAGUAUCAAUGACAGGCCUCAGCAGAGAUGCAGUGCUUCAUAUGUGCCAAGACCGCAAGUGGGAUUUAGAUGAGGAUGGCACCACCAUCAAACCGAUACCUCCAACACAACCCGCUCCACUACACACGUCGAGUGAAGACCAGCUGUUCAAGCUGACGGAGUUUGUAUCAUUUUUAGAAAACUAAGUAAGUUUAUUUUAAUUAUUUUCAUAAUUAAAACUACUAUUGUAAAAUUAUUGUAAUUUAGUAAGGCAUUUCAUCUCUGAAUUAAUGCUACUCACUUAAACAUUUCUAAUAAAAUAUAUAAAACAUACAGCAA